GCCCUUCAUAUUCGUGUAAUUGAUAACUCUCCAGCAAGAAAUACUUGUCGUAAUUUUAGCAAUUUUGUACACCCCCAGCUUUGUCCGUGAGUGGGUUGUGACCAAGGUACUCUGUCAGACAGUAGAUUGAAGGUAGACAAUACACGUAAAAGACAGUGGUUUUAAGUGGAGAAAGAAACGAUCAAUCGAUUUUCAAAUUUUAUACAACAUACGAUCGUAGAUUGCAUGUUAAAAUUUGUAGGAAGGGUGUAUAGUCAGCUAAUAGUGAAUAACUGGAACACUGGAAGAGUGGCAGUUUUUUAAUUCGUGUGGCAGGACAAGUGAAGAAACACAAUAAUUAUUUAAAAAUGUGUAGCUGUAUAUGACAUUUUCAGCGUAGUGUUAAGUAGCCCAUCUCGGUUAUCGGUUAAGAUUGAAGAUUGGAUCAACCGUAACAUUGGAAUUUUGGGCUACACUACGCAAUAUAGAAUAUCGAAUUUUCAAUCACUAUUAAAUUAGCAUAAAUCAAGAUGGAUUCCACCGCUGGCUGCCCCAUUUGUGGGUCGGGGAUAUCAUCAUCUAUAGAAGACUUAGAAGCUCAUCUUGCUGCACAUACAAAACAGGAUUUGAUUCAUUCACUUCUUCGGCAACGGCAAAAUUUUGGAGGAGUGACUGCAAAAUCCAAUUCUAGGAAGUCUCCGUCUCCAGAUUCCGUUGAAAGCGAACCUAUUUCUACGAGUAUCACGUCAACUUCGCCUGAUUCGGACAGCGCAAUUGUUCAGUAUGAUUAUGACGCUUCACUUUCACAAGAUGCAAAUUCCCAGGACAGUAUAUCUUGCUCUGCAGCCUAUACUUUUCAGCAACUCCCACACCACUCUAGAUCUCUUGCCAAUUUACAACCCCUGACCUCAGAAAGUCCCAAGACUAAUAAUAAUCACAAUAACAAUACACCAGCUCAACUUGACGAUUUCCCUGUUGAACUCCCACUUCCAUACGGCCUUGUUCAAUUGGGAACAUUUUCAGUACCAUUUCAUUUUAAUCUUCAUAAUGACACGCAUAGUGAGAGUGACGUAAUCAGUGGUUCUUGUGCGUCAACGGCAGUUUGCGAUUUGAUAUCCACAACAACGCAUGAAAUUACCAGUCGUAUCAAUGCAGAAGGAGAGGGUUCGUGUGAAGAGGUAAUUUUGGGUUCGAAUUAUCCAGAGAACUCGUUGACUGUCUCAUCUGACCAAUCCGACCAGGAUUCUCAGCGGAAGGAGUUGGUACAAGAAGAAUCAGACAAUGCAACGUCCCAAACUUCAAUCAUUAAGUAUAUCAUUGACCAGAGUGCGAAAACUUGCAAUGAACUGCCUGGGCAGAACUUGGUCCUUCCUGAUGGCCGUACAAUUCCCGUGUAUUCUUCGUUUACACAAAUGCAUGUUGUUAACAAAGAAGAAAGGCAACAGCUUCAUCAUGAAAAUCCAAAAAUAAUCGUAGCGGAUGAAAUCGGUAUGAAUGUAAUAACAGACGGAAUCACUGGAACCACAAUUUCGCUCAAUCUCAUGACUGAUGAAGAAAUUCCCCCACGAGGUGAAAUUUCUGAGUUCGAAGAAAGCAAUACUUCCUCACUCGUAUCAGAGGACGCUAAAACUCUUGUAAAACGAAAUUUACGAAAUUCAUCAUCCCCAUUUUCCAAAAAGAAGCCUGUUCAGCGGUCAAGACAGGUCAUGAACCAGAAUAACCGAGCCAACCGAAGGAAAGCUACCAACAUAGAAGGGAGGCAUCAAUUCUUAUGUUACGAAUGCCCAACAGUGCAGAAAUUCAAGAGUUUGUUUGAACUAAUUGGCCACAAGGUCAAACUUCAUCCAUCGGUACCUGAACAGUUUUCAGACAAUACUGCGUCUUCGUCUCAACCCUUGUCAACUCAACUGCUUUCCCCAACCAUAAUGGAAUAUGCAAUGCCCAUCUCUAAUCCUACGGUGAAAAUAGCUGCCAAGGAGUUCUUUUGUGUCUACUGUAACACCACAUUUGACAACAAGGUAGCUCUUGCCAGACACAUGGAAACUGAUCAUGGCGACAAGCCUUUACAGCCCAAUAUAUUUGAAUGUAAUACAUGUGGUAAAACAUUCCAAGCCCGAACAAAUCUUCGGAAACAUUUGUUAGUGCACAAGGAACGGAAACAUGUGUGCCAGACUUGUUUCAAGGGAUUCACGUCAAACUUUAAAUUGGUUGAACACGCAAGGGUGCAUGCGAAGCUGUAUCCUUUCAAGUGCGAGAAAUGUGAAAAGGCUUAUAGAACUCAAAGUUUGCUGAAUCAUCACAUGAAAACCGUUCAUGUUCCUGAAUCAGAGAGACCCGUUAAGCCAAAAGUUGAAUUUUACUGUGGCGUAUGUCACAAGAUAUUACGUUCCAAGCGUAGCUACUUUUGUCAUGCUAAAAGCCAUCAUGCUACGCCCAAGAAAUGUCCAUAUUGCUGUGAAACGUUUAGUCGGCAAAGUGUGCUCGUUCGUCACAUUCGUGUCACUCAUGACCCACAAUACGAAUCAUCGGAGAAUAAGGACUGUCCGGUUUGUCAGAAGAAAAUGCAUCCAAAUUCAAUGAUUAAGCACAUGCGAAUUCACGCAAAUGAGAAGAAUUAUUCAUGUCAAGUUUGUUCCAAGAAAUUUCGAACGUACGCCAACCUUUCUUCACAUUCAUGGAGUCACACAAAUGUGGAUAAGCCCUUUAAGUGCAGGAUCUGUUCCAAGUCAUAUCUUUUCCAACGAACCCUUGAGCAUCACAUGAUGGUUCAUAAACGUCGAACUCUCCAUUUCACGUGCAAUGAAUGUGGUGUCAGAUUUACAAAUAAAGUUAACAUGAAAAGACAUUUGGAUGAACACUAUUCUGAAAAGAAAUUCAAGUGUACAACCUGUGGCAAGUCGUUUCAACGAAAUUAUUAUCUGUUGGAGCAUGAACGAAUCCACACUGGACUUAAACCAUUCCUCUGUAAUAUUUGUGGGAAGGCAUCUACCACAAAAUCCAAUCAUCGGGCACAUUUGAAGAUUCAUGACGCUAGGGACGCAACAAGUCAAGAAGGAUAAUUAAUAUAAAUUAAUGUAAAUUAAUUUCGAAUUUGGGUGAAGGUUAAUCGCUCGCUGUAAAUCUUCAAGUUUAAAGCUACUAGUCUUUUGAACAAGUUGAUUUUUUGUGUUUUUAACUCUGUGAAACGUUGACGCACCAAAACCAUUUUCGUUAUGUUAUAGAUUGGUGUUAUACAUAACUUGUCGGUUACCGGUUUAGCUAUUACAAUUUAAUUUCGCAAAAAAAUAAAUGUCGCCAUCUUCAGAAUAUGUAAA